AUGUCAUUUCUUUUACUUUUUCCACCUCUUCUAUUUUUUCUUUCAUUUUCUUUUCUUUCUUUUUUUUUUUGUUCAUUCACUUCCUUUUCUCUUCUUUUUUCAUUUCCUUUACUUUUUCCAAUUCUAUUUUCUGUUCUUUUUUCUUUCUUUCUUUUUUUUUUGUUCUUAAACGUUCUUUUCUUUUUUCAUUUCUUUUACUUUUUCCACCUCUGUUAUUUUUUCUUUCAUUUUUUUCUUUCCUCACUUUUCUCUCUUUCCUUUUUUUUUUUUCCUUCUUUCUUAUCCUUUCUUUUAUUUUCCUGUCUUCUUGUCUUUUUCCUCUUUCUUCGUCUUUUCUUCUUUCUUUUUUUCUUUUUCUACUAUUUUACCUUCUUUUUUUUAUUUUUCUUUAAUUAUUUCCAUCUCUCUCUCCCUUUUCUUUGCCUCUAUUUUCUUUCUUUUCUUCCUCUUGCUACUUUUCUUCUGCUUUCAUUCUUCCUGCUUCUUUCCUUUCCUUCGAUCUUUUCUUCUUCUAUCCAUUUUCUUUCCUUUUUCCUUAUUCUUCUAUUUUCUCUCUCUUCAUCUUUUUACUUAUUUACCUGUUUUUCUUCUUUUUUUCUUCCUUCACUUUUAUUCCUUCUUAUUGUUUCUUUCCUUAUUACAUCAUUUUUUUUCAACUUCUUUUUUCUGCUUUUGUUCUCGAAUCGAUCUUCUUUCUUUUCUACAUAUUUUUUUCUUUUUUCUGUUCUUCUUUUUUUAAUUCAUCUUUCUUUUUUUCUUUCUUUCUUUUUACAUUCGAUUUCUUCUCCUAAUUUCUUUAUAUCACUCUUCUUCUUUUUCCUCCUUCUUCUUUUUUCUUUACUCUCUCCUUAUUCUUUCGUUGUUUUCGUCUGUUUCUUUCUUCUUGACAUUCAUCUUGUUUCUUCUUUUCUUUUUUCACUUCUUCAUUCUUUUUACUUUUUCCUUCUUUUCCCUUCUUUGUUUCUUUCUUCUUAUUCACGUUUCCUUCCUUCUUUUUACUUCUUGUGA